CAAAUUUGAAGUCGCCAUUUUAUUUUAGAGAGCAUUUCAGCGAAGGCUAAUUCAUAAAGUCACACUCCCACAUUUCCUGGUUCAUUACAUGAGACAUGUCUUGGCAAAGUUACGUGGAUAGCAGCCUCGUGGGUUCAGGAAAAGUUCAGAAGGCAGCCAUAUUUGGCUUAGACGGUUCGCAAUGGGCUACCAGUCCUGGAUUCUCGGUAUCUCAGCAAGAAGCGCAAGAGAUAAUAAAGAGCUUGAAGGAUGGAAGUGUUUCGGGCAAGAACAUAGCUGGAACGAAAUACAUGAUGCUGCGGAACGACAAGGACAAGAAAGCGGCCUACUUGAAAAUGAAAGAAAAAGGAGGCUUUUGCGCGUGUUUGACCAACAAGGCUCUCAUUCUUGGUGGCUACAAUGAGAGUGCUGGAGGUGCUGGAAAUUGCAACCAAUGUGUGGAAACCGUAGCAGAACAUCUCAUUGCUUCAGGAUUUUAAUGUUUGAUUGGAACCUUAAAAACAGAAUCUAAGGCAAAGAACACUGAUAGUAUUAUUUGGCGAUAGUUUGUGUAUUCCAAUGCCCUUGGUCGUGGGAUUUACACAUUAGUUUAAGCAGAUGUUCAGAACACUUUUCUCUAGAAGCACUGUAAGUUUUCACGUUCCGUUUAAGACGCUUUCAUUAGUUUAUCCGAUUGAUUGUGCCAACUGUUGGCUGAAGCUUUGAAAGAAGUAAACGAUUGAUCCAUAUGA